AGAAGCUUCGUCAGAUCUCCGCUCAUAUAUAAAGACGCAGUUCUUGUUUCCAGAGACAUCGACGGAAUUCCAGAGACGUACGAAGCAGGAAGAGCCGUACAGAGAACGCGGAGCCAGAUCUCAACGACCAAUCGCUCCUGAAGAUGUCUUACUCAAGAGGAUCAAGGUACUCUGAAUCACCAUCGCCUUACAGGCGUGGCAGGUCUGUGUCAAGGUCUUUAUCAAGGAGUAGGUCAAGAAGUCAUGAUUCUACUGAUGCUGAGAAUCCUGGAAAUAACCUGUAUGUGACAGGACUAUCUACUCGUGUCACAAAGAGAGACCUUGAGAAGCACUUUUCAACUGAAGGGAAGGUCGAAGAUGUUCACCUUGUUCUCGAUCCAUGGACGCGCGAAUCCCGUGGUUUUGGUUUUGUCACUAUGUCAAGUGUUGGAGAAGCUGAUCGCUGCAUAAGGUACUUGGAUAGAUCAGUGCUCGAGGGCAGGGUUAUCACUGUGGAGAAGGCUAGAAGACGCCGUGGACGUACCCCAACCCCGGGAAGGUAUCUAGGACUCAAAAGUACGCACGCCCGUCGUCGCUCUCGAAGCUACUCAUCUGAUUCAAGAAGCCGGUCCCGUACCCGAAGCUACACACCUCGCUCAAGGAAUCGGUCCCCUCAGUAUUCAUCCGACGGGGAUAGCCACCGCAGCAGAGGCUACUCUCCUUAUUAUCGCCGCAGAUCAUAUUCGAGGCGUAGGCCAUCGUAUUCUCCACCGCACUAUCGCCGCAGCAGAAGAUCUUACUCCCGCUCGCCAUCCUAUUCCCCUGACGGUCGAUACUACAGAAGGUCCUACAGAUCCUCCCGCGAUUGUUACUAUUAUAGGGAUUACUCUCCCGAUGAAAGGUACUACCGAAGGCAUUACCGGGACGUCUCUCCCGACGAUCGCCACUAUAGAGGCAGGUACAGGUCAUCUGGCCGUAGCAUAUCCCCGGGGUAUCGGAAAUAUUAUUCUGGGAGGAGAAGUUACUCGCGAAGUGUGUCGAUUAGUGAUUGUGGGAGCUACUCUGGUGAGAGUAGGUCCCCGAGUUAUUGUAGAAGCAGCAGCAGCAGUUCUAGAAGUGUGUCCCCUGUUACCAGCAGCAAAGGUGGGAGGAGGCGAAGCAAGUCUCCAAAGAGGAGCCGGAGCCCGUCUCAUGGCCGGGACAGUCGAUCCUCGAGAAGUCACUCUAGAAGCCCGAGUGUGAGUUCGUCGUCGAGGAGCCGGUAAAAGAAAGGUAAACUUGUUGAUUGCUGCUAUAUAAAUUGCAAACUGCUGCUUUAUUGUUAUGUGGUGCAUGUUAGGGAAUUGGCUACUUCCUACUUUUAAAAAGAACACUAUGACUGUUAUUGUUACUUGUUAGAAGUGGGGGAGAGAUGCUUGGACGGGUUUGGUGGUAUAUACAUGGUUUGUGAUAUUCUGAUUCGCCAUAUAUAGUUAAUAUUAUCUUUCUUGCUUGCUU